UUCACGAAUAUCGUCACUUGGCACGUAGAUCAUACGUUAUGGAGACACCAUCUAUUGAUAUUCAAAACAUUCGGGCAAAAUAUCUAAACUCUCAUGAUCCAUAUCUACUCGAAUCAAAGUUACCAACCACGUCACCAUUCGAACUUUUUGAUAUCUGGUUUCGUAACGUCGCUUCACAAUCUGACUUAACAUUCGAAGAAAUCAAUGCAGUAUCCUUAUCCACCGUCGGAAAAGAUCUUCGUCCAUCAUCCAGAAUGGUUCUUCUGAAAGCGUACACACCAACUGGCUUCUCGUUUUACACAAAUUAUACUAGCCGCAAAGGAAAUCAAUUGGAAGAGAAUCCGAAUGCCGCGAUGCUCUUUUAUUGGCCUAAAGUCAAUCGUCAGAUUCGAGUUGAAGGUGUUGUUGAGAAGCUUCCAGAUGAGAUGGCCGUCGCUUAUUGGAAUUCUAGACCAGUAGCAAGUCGAAUCGGAUCAAAAUCAAGUGAUCAAUCAAAAGUGGUUCCCGAUAGAGAAUUCUUAGAAUCCAAAAAAGUUGCACUGACAGAGUUAUCUGUACGGGAAGGAGCUCAAGCAAUCACGAAACCAGAAUCCUGGGGUGGAUAUCAUUUGAUUCCUCGAUAUUUUGAAUUCUGGCAAGGACAAUCGGAUCGUCUUCACGAUAGAAUAGUAUUCGAAAGAGAUGUUGAUGUGUGGCUUCUCAAGAGGCUUUCACCAUAAUUCCAUUCACUUCUAUAGUUAAAGUUCGUGUAGAUAAAAAUUAAAAAUAUUUUCCUUGAGAAAUACGUCGUAUUUAUUUAUGAAUUAGACCAUAAAAUUUUU